UCAAGAUGGUAGAAUUCUAGGUUGUUGGGUCUGUUUAAUAACCAUACUAUUGUGAUUGAUUAGGUUAUUCAUAGAUUAUUGCUUGCACUGCAACAAACAGAAGUUUGUUAUUGACUUGGUGGAUGCAACUUGUUAAAGCUUAACAUGUGGGCUGGUGGAAUGACAAGAUGUCAAAAGUGACAAAACGUAAGAUCACAGUGGAAAGUCCAGGCAGCAAACUCAAUAACAGUAUCACACUAUCAAACAGCAUAACAAACAAGGAUUCUCAGCGGAGACAGAGUGUUUUUGAACGACUUGGCACUAAGACUGGAGCGUCUAUUUCAAUAAAUACUGCAAUAGUAGGACAACAACCAUCUUUAGUUGAAAACUUUUGCAGACAUUGGAACCAAAAUGGCACUUGUCCUUAUGGAAAAAACUGUGUUUUUGUCAAUACCCAUACAUUAAUCAGCCCGUCGAAGAGAGUACCGAAGAAAGAUCUAGAACCUAAACAGGCUCUUGAGGGGCUGAGGCUACACUCGACAGUAGUAAAGCGAGGAAGUCCGGACCUGAGUUGGGAGUCGUGGGACCAGACAGAGCUUGAGUACGAAGACGAGAAGGUACUAGAGAGACGCAGACAGCUGCUGCAGCGGGAACUGGAGCUGCAGAUGAGGCGAGAGGAGACAGAGGAACACCACACCAGACAUCGUCACACUACCACUAAACCUAAAAAGGGGCUGAGCAGUUCAUCUUCCACUUCAGUGAGUUCUACCAGUUCCGAGUCCAGCAGCAGCAGCGACGAGAGCAGUUCAGACUCCAGUUCCAGUGGGAUUGCUGGAGACAAUAGCAAGAGGAGGAGCAAGCCGAACAAGACCAAGAGAGGUUCAACAUCCUCUGUCUCUGAUACUGAACGCAACAAGAUUCGGGAAAGUAAUAAAUCCAUGCAUAAAGACAGAAGUCCGUCAAAUAUCAGCCGGAAGUCAACGAGCAGCCGGGAUAAAAGGGGGUUCACUCCUCCCAGAAAACCUGGCACGAACAUCAAGAUGACAACUCGCAAGAAGUCUCCGUCACCCAGUCACCGCAGACACAACACCCCUACAAGUUCCAGCAAGAGCAAACCAUCUACUUCUAAGUCAAGUGUGAGCUCCAGACCUGGCAGCAAGCGGUCGGUGUCAACAGAGCGCAAGGAUAAGCAUAAGAGAAGCCAGUCGCCCCCACGUCCCCGUAGCAGCAAGACAGGGGCUCCUCGUAGACCGGAAUCUAGGCCCCGCCGCUCCCCUGACACCAAGCCCCGUAACACUAGCCGCUCCAGGCUUGAGGAUAGGAAGAAAGAUGAUGAUCGUUCUAGAAGUAAGGAUGACAGACGUCAAGACAGGAAAACUGGGUCAGACAGAGACAAGCGUGACCAUGAGGAUGCUCGUGCCAGGGAGAAAGCAAGAGAAGCUCGUGAGAAGGAAAGAGAAGAAGCCUUGGAAAGAUGCAGAGAGAGACAGAGAGAACGAGAACAGUUGGCCAGGGACAAGGAGAGGACCAGAGAGCGACCAAGGGAUGAUAGGGACAAGGACAAGACUAUUCCCCCACUGAUGUCUCUGCCACAACAGGAUCGUAAGGCCCUGGAGAGAGACCGUGAUAGAGCCACCAAAGACAGGAAGGAUAGGGAUAAGGAAAGAGACAAGGAUAAGGACAGAGACAGGGAUAGACUUUACGAUAGGAAUGUUGAUAAGUCAGAUCGAAGUAGACCUUUGGAAAAAGAACGUUUGUCUGAGAAAAUUCCUGAACGAGAUCGUAUUAGUGAUAAGGAUAGGCCACGAGAUAGAGAUAACUUGAGUGACAGAAGAGAAAAGGGUGAUAGAGACAGGAGUUUUGAAAGAGACCGCAAUUUUGAUAACAGAAACACUGGUGAUCAGAAUGAGAGAGCAUUUGACAGGGAUAAAGACAGACAACCAAAGGGUUUGGACAGAAGUAGAGACAGAGAUUUCGACAGGGAGAAAGAGAGAGGUUAUGAGAGAGUUCCAGACAACAGGAGGAGUUUUGAAAAAGUUGGUGAUCGAGAUAGAACUUCCCUGGAGAAAGAUCGGGGAAUCGUCAGAGAUAGGGGAUUGGACAGAGUUAUGGAGAUUAGGGAGAGGAAUAAGAGUAUGGAAAGAGGGAGGGUAUCAGAUGGGGAGAGGAAUACAGAGAGAGGAAGGGACAGGUUUGAUCGGAGAACUCUUGCAGCAGAAGACAAGGGCUAUGAGAGUCCAUAUGACUCACGUAGAGAGCGUCCAAGGUAUGGAGGGGAUGGCCCAGAGAGACCUGCUAUGUUCAAGGAUCACAGCCCUUCUAGAGAGGACAGCCGGAGCAUGAGGAUGAAUCAAGGGUUCAGUGACGACAGGAGGAGUCGAGGAGGAAGAGGAACCUGGGAGAGCCGGGACUGGGACUAUCCAGAUUCCAGGAGGGACUGGGACUCAAGGAACAGGCACGGAGAAUGGGAGGGCGGUGGUGUGGAAGGGGAAGCUUGGGGCGGCCGUUGGGGUGGUGGGGGUGGAGAUUGGAGAGAAGAGUGGCCACAGCAGCAGCAUCGUCCGCCCCGCCACCCGCCCAGGGAGGAACAAACGAUUGUGUCAGCCAACCAUAUCGUCGUCAGAGAUACCAGUGUUGAUGACUCAGGUGGUCGGCGCUCCCAGGCCAAAGACAUUGUUGACAAGGAUUCUGUUUCUGGUGACUUUAAGAAGGAUAACAUGGAUACUGGUAGCGUGGAGGUCAACCUCAAGCGAGGUAGAGAAGGCAGCGAAGGACCUGUGGAAGCCAAGAAGCCCAGACUAGAGGAGACAUCAGCCAUGUUGGAGGAGGCCCUCAGUGACAUUAGCGAUGAUCCUGAUGAAAUUCUCAACAGAGAAGACAUUGACAUGACACCUCAGGACAGUGCUGCGGUGGAGGAAGAUGUGUCAGUCCAGCCCUCGGCUCCUGAUUUAGACCAGAGAUUGUUAGAAGACAGACCAAGUGAGGAAGAAAAUAUAGACAACUUGGACUUUGAAGAGAUAUCUGAUGAAGAAUUAGAAGAAGAAGCAAGAGCCAAUAAAGGCCUGGGUGAUGCCCUGGGGGUGGACUGGGCCAGUCUUGUGGCAGAGUCUAGACCACGAGUGGUGGAAGCUGGGCCAGGGGCGGCAAGGCGAAGGUGGCAGGUGGCAGCCGGAGAACAUACUGGCAAGGAUUGGAGUCUCCAUGGAAUAUGCAG